GGGACCUUGAAGAUAAGGCUUGGAUGAAAUAUAUCCAGUGCGAGGGUUGGGGGCAGAGGUGUGGAGGGUACGGAAGACAGUGGUACUAGACGUGCCCAGAGGGCAGCGAGAGAGAGAGAGGCUGGGGCCUCGACCAGCGGCCAUGGACCCCAUGGGGACAACAGACCCCUCGGUGCCCCCGGGCCCUUUGACUCACCUGAGCCUGCGGGACAGCUCAGAGGCGCGGCUGCAGAGCGACGGGCCAAGCCUCCUGGGGAGCUGGACCAGGUCACCCCCAGAGCAUGCCACCAUCCUGAGGGAAGGUGUGCGGACAUGCCUGCAGCAAAGAUGUGAGCAGACUGUGUGGAUCCUGCAUGCCAAGGUGGCUCAGAAAUCCUAUGGAAAUGAGAAGCGGUUCUUCUGCCCUCCGCCCUGUGUCUACCUCGCCGGUCCUGGCUGGAGGGUGAAACCAGUGCAAGACCAAGGUGAGAGCGCGCUCAGGGACUGUUCUCUGCAGGAAGGACAAACUAAUUCAGCAGCUGCAGGCGCAAUCUCGUUGCUCCCUCUGGCGGCAAGAACUAAGUUUGACUGGCACCUGAGUCUCCCCAAUCCCUCCAGGGUUACUUCCCGUCCUUUUCUAGCCCACCAAUCUGUGGAGACCGGGCCCACCGUCUGCGGUUACAUGGGACUGGACGGAGCGUCCGGCAGCACUCCCGAGACGCAGAAGCUGAAUUUCGAAGAGCAGCCGGACUCAAGGGAAUUUGGUUGUGCCAAGACCCUGUACAUCUCCGACGCCGACAAGAGGAAGCACUUCCGGCUAGUGCUGCGUCUUGUGCUGCGAGGAGGCCGGGAGCUGGGCACCUUUCACAGUCGCCUCAUCAAGGUGAUCUCCAAGCCCUCACAGAAGAAGCAGUCGCUGAAAAACACAGACCUGUGCAUCUCCUCGGGCUCAAAGGUCUCCCUUUUCAACCGCCUGCGCUCCCAGACGGUGUCCACACGCUACCUCUCUGUGGAAGAUGGGGCCUUUGUGGCCAGCGCAAGACAGUGGGCUGCCUUCACACUCCACCUGGCUGAUGAGCGCUGUUCCCAAGGGGACUUCCCACCUCAAGAAGGUUACAUCCGCUAUGGCUCCCUGGUGCAGCUUGUCUGUACAGUCACGGGUGUCACACUGCCUCCUAUGAUCAUCCGCAAAGUAGCCAAGCAGUGUGCCCUCCUUGACGUGGACGAACCCAUAUCCCAGCUGCACAAGUGCGCAUUCCAGUUUCCAGGUGAUACUCCAGGAGGGGGUGGCACCUACUUAUGCCUUGCCACAGAGAAGGUGGUGCGAUUCCAGGCUUCCCUGUGUCCCAAGGAGGCCAACAGGGCACUGCUCAACGACAGCUCUUGCUGGACCAUCAUUGGCACCGAGUCGGUGGAGUUCUCCUUCAGCACCAGCCUGGCCUGUACUCGGGAACCCGUCACUCCUGUGCCCCUCAUCAACACUCUGGAGCUGAGCGGCGGAGGUGAUGUAGCCACGCUGGAGCUGCACGGAGAGAAUUUCCACGCUGGGCUCAAGGUGUGGUUUGGAGAUGUGGAGGCAGAAACCAUGUACAGGAGUCCGCGGUCCUUGGUGUGCGUGGUGCCAGACGUGGCGGCCUUCGGUAGCGACUGGCGUUGGCUGCGCACUCCCAUCACCGUGCCCGUGAGCCUGCUGCGUGCGGAUGCGCUCUUCUACCCCAGCGCCUUCUCUUUCACCUACACCCCGGAAUACAGCGCGCGGCCGCGGCCGCCCAACGCGCACGAGCCCGCCCCUGAUGCAGACGCGCUUCUAGAGAGCAUCCACCACGAGUUCACACGCACCAACUUCCACCUCUUCUGCCCCAGCUAGGCACCGCCCCCUGCGGCGGAUGCCCACCCACAGCUGUCCCUGGAAGGGGGUGGGUGUAUAUUCGGUUUCCUUGUCCCAUUACUAUGAAAGGGCAAGAGGGAGGGAGAUUUCUCACCUGUCCUCAGACAUAUGGGAACUGUCAAUCAUGAGUGAUGUUCUAAUGCC